AUGGCAGCAAGCAAUGCACAACCUGACACCGGUCUCUAUACCCAAAACAGCCAGAAUCAGAAAUCCCCGUCGCCCCAGGCCCAGCAUCGCCGCGGUUAUCAGGCAUGCGACCCUUGUCGGAAACGCAAGGUGAAGUGUGAUCUUGGCAGUGUCGACAAUCCCCGUCCUCCGCCCUGUGUACGAUGUCGUCGCGAAAGCAAGCGCUGCGAGUUCUCCGCCACCCGGCGCAAGCGCAAACCCUCGGAAGUCGAGGAGACCGUAGAUGGCGUACUCCGACGCGAUAAGAGGAUGAUGAUCGGGGAUCCCGCAUCCAAUGAUUCUCCUAGUGAUGGAUCGUCGUCCUAUGCGCAACCUGAACCGGCGUCGUUUGAGAGUAAUAGUGCCAUUCCGCAGCAGAAGUGGUCGUCCGAGCAAUCACCCACGGCCACCUCCCAGGUACCCCAGCCCACUACCAGCAGCCAUCAGUUCACGUCAAAUACCCCUUCAUCUACCACACACUUCCCCGAUGCACGGAAUACUCGACUGGUAUACCCCUUGGGGGACCGAACAACCAGUUAUGGUCUUGACGGCGGGCAAACCAUGAUGAAUCGUACCGCGGUUGAGCUGCUGUCGCCUGCGAUCAGUAACAGCCACGAUGCGUUACACCUGUUGUCCGAGGCUGCAGGCCGGACGGAAGAUCUCAACCGUCAAAGUCUUGAAAAUCGUUACGCAGCCCGGCAGUCUGUCUCGUCGUUCAACUCACCCAUGUCACCCCUUACCCAGGCUGGCACACCCCGAAGCGCAGGAGGCUCUUUCUCGAGACCAGCUCGGUCUGGAAUGCAGAUGAAUAACUAUUUUCCAACGACUGGAUCGAGCUCGGUAGAUCAUCAAGCCUCUGAUGGUCGUGGCCAGCCAGGUCCUUCGGAAAGUCUUCCAGACCCAGGGUUUACGGAUGCUGUCAAGGCCUGGUCACGAUUGCGUUUCGUCCGUGCUGGUUGGCUUUCAGUCGAGGAAGCCAUGGCUUAUGUUGCAUAUUACUACAAAAAUCUGGCUCAUUUGAGCCCAAUCGUCAUUCCUGAUUUCUCUCAUCCUUCUACGCAUCGUACUUUGCUCACCGACGAGCCCGUGCUAGCUGUUACGAUUCUUACAACAGCAUCACGACAUAUGAAACCUAAGGGAGACGGAGCAUAUACCCGUUCCUUUUACAUCCAUGACCGGCUCUGGUCGUAUCUACGUGGGAUGAUUGAGCGUCUCUUUUGGGGUCAAGAAAAGUUCGGUGGGGAUAGUAUGGGAAUCAGUAAACCACGCUCGUUCGACCUAGCGCCCACAUCGGCGAAAGUGAAUCUCAAGGGCAAUCUGCGAUCCCUAGGAACUAUAGAAGCUCUAUUGGUCCUGACAGAUUGGCAUCCACGGAAUUUACAUUUCCCUCCAGGUGACGACGAGAACACACUGCUGGACUUGGAUGCCCAGACUCGGCCCGAAAAGGAUUCAGAAAUGGACGCCGACAAUAUCCUGAACCGUAACCAUAAUACCUCGGCAGAAGGCCGACUUGCUUUUCAGAAGUGGCUGGAACCUGCUUGGCGGUCCGAUCGAAUGUCCUGGAUGUUACUUAGCACAGCACAAGCCUUAGCAUUCGAGCUGGGUGUGUUCGAUCAGAAAAACGACGCGAAGGCGGCGAGCGAAUAUCCAGCUGAGCACACGCGAAAAAGGCGGCUUCGUCGCCUUAUCCUUGUGUACAACACGCAGAGCAGUGGCCGCAUUGGUAUUCCGUCGAUGCUUCCUCUCCCGCAAUACGCCAAUGACAUCCAACCGACAAAUGUAGCCAAUGUUAAAGGUGGCGAUGCGAACAUUGACAAAAUGCACGAUUGUUGGAUCGGAAUUACAAAGAUUAUGUAUCAGAGUAACCAACUGCUGUUCGCCUCCAACGAACAAACAUCAGAGUUGAUCCGCAGUGGUCGAUAUCGAGAUCAGAUUGAUAGAUUCCAGCCAUUUUUGCGGGAAUGGCGUCAGAACAUUGACACUCUUGAUCUUGCACCUCCAAUGAGGAUGCUCUUGAUGAUUGAGUAUGAAUAUACUCGAUUGUAUGUCAAUUCCCUGGCUCUACAGGCUGUAGUUGAUCGGUGGACGACCAUGUCGAACGAAGCCGCCCAAAACGCAAGGCCAGGAUCUGGGGCAACUUCAGCCAAUAGCUGGUUCAACGUGCUCAUGGAGUUGUACCGUGUCAAUGAACAGUAUAUCCAAGAGGUUGUUGACGCGUCGCGCAGGAUUCUGCAGACCGUACUGGAGGAGCUUAUUCCUGGAGAUCACCUCAAGCAUGCACCCGUCAGGACCUACUUCCGAAUCUUGUCUGGGAUGAUUUUCAUUCUCAAGACAUUCACUCUUGGUGCGAGAGAAGAUGACGUUCGUGUCUCCUUGGACCUCCAGGACCGAACCGUGGAAGCAUUACGGACACAUGUGGUAGACGAUGUCCACCUGAGUCACGCCAUUGCCCGACUGCUAGAGCUGCUCACGACUAGCAUUCGCACCCGAUUCUUGCGAUUCGCGCCGAUGGAUCGUGGCAACGACGCCGAGCACGACCGCGCGUCUGCGCCAACCUCCCGACCCCAAUCACCCCGUCUCCGCGAGAACCGCCGAGAUGGCGCGAGUAAUGGCUGGACACCAGGGCAAAACUCGACACAGAAUUUGGGCUAUGUUGACAGUAAUGGUCACUCGACCGGCACUCCGAUGACUUCGGUGCAUGACCCACUGGCUGGAAUCCCGGCACAGCCGAUCAACUCGUCCAACAUUAACGUUUCAUUCAUGCCCCCACCGCCAUCCGUGUACCACAACUACUAUGACCCGAAUGCAACGCCCCCUGCAGGGGAUCUGGACGGCUCGAACGUUCCAUCGCAAUCGAUGCAGGACUCUGGCGGACUGCCGGACUGGUUUGCCCUGCCACUCGACCAAUUCUUCAACAGCUCCACCCUAGUGGAUCAAGGUCUAGGGGGCACAGGACCGAUGGUGGGCGAAUUCGACAUGCUCGAAGUCCUCCUUAAUGAACAGUACGACGGACACGCUGACAAUCUCGAGUCCGCCGGCGGUGGCACCAUUCCGUCUCAAUUUUUGCAAUCAUCGUAA